GUGAAACAAGAACGAAAACUGACUGCCACAACACGCACACGUAGACACACAAAAAACAACAACCACAGAGGCAGAGAACUCCACCUUCUCCUCCUGAUGAAGUAGCUGGAGCCUCUGUGGAGGGUUUUUUAUUUUUUAUUUUAUUUAAAUUUUUCAUUGGUUACCUCGUGGGGCGGCCGAACAGGACUGAGAAGGUCAGGUAGAGAAGCUGGUUGGACUCCACUGCCAGCAUGCUCCGGCAGUCUUUGAGCAUCCUGAAGCAGCUCAGCUCUACGUCAAAGUCACAAGAUGCCACUGAACUUCUACAUGAGGACCUGGUUAUGGUGGAUCAGCGGGUGGAACCAGCCAGAAAGGCAGCUCAGGUCCUCUAUAAGAAGCUACAGAGCUGCAUGCAAAGUCAGCCAGGGCUGGAGGCUGAAAGACGAAUGAAAAAGCUUCCUCUGAUGCUGCUGUCUGUCAGCAUGGCAGAAAGUCUCAAAGACUUUGAUGCAGAGUCCGCAAUCAGGAGGGUUCUGGAGAUGUGCUGUUUCAUGGAGAAGAUGCUGGCCCACAUGCUGGCAGACUUUGAGAUGAAAGUGGAGAAGGAAGUCCUGGAGCCGCUCAACAAGCUCAGCGAGGAUGAUUUACCAGAGAUCCUUAGGAACAAGAAACAGUUUGCAAAGCUCAGAACAGACUGGAACAAUGCAAGAAUGAGGAGUCAGGCCAGCACUGGUCCCCAGGCAAAGCAGGACGGACUCAGAGAGGAUGUAGAAGAAGCCUGGAGGAAGUUGGAGAACAUCAAGGACCAGUACUCUGCAGAUCUGUACCACUUUGCGACUAAGGAAGAUGACUAUGCUAACUACUUCAUCCGCCUUCUCGAGCUGCAAGCAGAAUACCACAAAAAUUCACACGAUUUCCUGGACAAAAACAUCAGCGAGCUCAAAGAGAAUCACAGUCAAAAAGGGCCGGCGUUAAGCGUCUCUAACCAGAAGGUCUACGGGGAGCCUUUGCUCUCGCAUCUGUCUCAAAGUGAGAAAGAAAUCGCUGCACCCAUCCAGGAGUGUAUUCACAUGCUGCUGAGAACGGGCAUGAGGGAGGAGGGUCUGUUUCGUCUGGCUGCAGCAGCUUCGGUGGUGAAGAGGCUAAAGACCUGUCUGGAUCAAGGGACGGUGGACCACAGCGAGUUCAGCAUGGAUCCUCACGCUGUAGCAGGAGCUUUGAAGUGUUACCUACGAGAACUUCCUGAACCUCUAAUGACCUUUGAACUCUACAAUGACUGGUUUAAAGCAGCUGGGGAAAAAGACCUGUCAGAGAGGCUGGAACAGUUCAGGUUGUUGCUGAAGAAACUGCCUCCUGAAAACUACAACAACCUCAGGUACCUGGUCCAGUUCUUGUCUUUGUUGUCUGAGCACCAGGCUGUAAACAAGAUGACACCCAGUAACAUUGCCAUCGUCCUGGGACCAAACCUGCUCUGGCCACAAGCUGAAGGAGAAGCUGCUCUGUUUGACAUGGCGGCAGCCUCUUCAGUCCAGGUGGUGAUGGUCAUUGAGCCUCUAAUUCAGUACAGCUCCAGUCUCUUCCCAGAAGAUAUUCCCUUUGAGGUCCCAGACUUACCCGAGGUCCUGGACGUCCCUCUGCCUGCUCCUGGUACCCAGAGUCUGUUCUUAGAAAAGGAGAAACUGAAAAGAACAGUUUCCUCAGCUUCAUCCACAGCCUCCUCCUGCUCCUCUUACCACCUCCCUCUCUCCAAGACAAACAGCACAGCCUCUCAGGACAGUGUUGGCUUCUUCCUGGUAAAGUCCGGCUCUGUGAGUAGUCGCAGUGGUACCACUACAUGGGCCAGCCCUGCAGCCGAGCCAGCAGCACCGACCCACCCAAACGCAGAAUCCGGCAGCUCAUCCUCCCUCCCUGCUCAGGCCUCCAGUGCUUCCACCGAGUGCAGCUCGACAGCAAACCAGAAGCCGUCCCCUCCUCCUAGAGCAGGAGGAUCAGCGACAAACUCAGGCCAGAUGAAGAGUCCCACCCAGAAGCAGUGCUCGGAUCAGGGCCAGCUGGAGCCGAUUUUGGAAGCACCGCCGGACUCUCCUCGAGCAUUGGUGAAGAUCAGUUCACCGUAUAAACCAAAGAGAACCUUCAACCCGAGCAAAUCCAACGAUAUUAACGAGCCUCCGACAGUUCAUUACAUCAAACCGAAAGCCCCACCACCUCCCAAGAGCCUGGCCCCUCCACCCCCAGCCCCGGCCCCAGCCCCGGCCCCGUCCCCGGCCCCUGAGGUUUCAGACACCAGGCCCCAGCCGACGCCGAUGCCGACGCCCGCGCCCCGAUCUCAACCGGCCACCUUGAAAAAGCCUCCGCCGAAAAAACCUGGACUCAGGGCGCCAAACUGCCCUCCGCCACUUCCUCCACCAUCACAGGCCAAAGAGGUUCCUUCUAUAGCGCAGUGAGAAAAAGAAAAUGUUCCUCAGAUAUGUUUAAUCCCAACUCAAGAGCAGCUAAAACACCUUUUGCAUUAUUCGGUACGCGCUGCUCGGUAUUUGAGCCCAAGUUUUACAGCUUAUUGAGUUUUUUGGGGUUUUCCUAUGGUUCUGUAACCAGCAUCUUUUAUUUAUUCUGACAUCCUGUGUUUUCCAUAUCUUUAUCGUGAAACAAAUUGUAGACAAUCAAUAAAUUCAUUAACAUGCAAAACA